GCUGCGAUCAAUCGAGACCCGAAGGAACACAAACACAAACAGAACGCUGCAGUGUACUGUACUGUACUGUAAUGUGCCAGUGGGCCGUUGCCGUAAUCUGUUUCUUUCGACGACGCCUCGACCUCGACCUCGGCAUCGCGCAGUGCGGACCAGCUCGCACCAGCUCGCUCGCUGCGAGAUCGCUGCGAGAUCGCCAGUGCAGCGUGCAGAGGAGCUGUGGUACAGCGUGGACUCUGGACACUGCGAUAUGAUCAUUCCGAAUUCUCGUGUGUCUAUGGUGAUUGAUGAUUGCGGCGGCGGCGGCGGUGAUGAUGAUGACGAUGGUAGUGGUGGCUCGGAAUCCCUGGCACGUUGCUGUAGCUCUAGUAGCCUUGCAGUUUACGACGUACGUUCCAUUCGUCGUUUUUCACUCAACUCAACUCGAUUCACCACCAGGUAACUGUUACACGUCCACACUGCUGCUGCUCAUGCUACGUCGACGUCUCUGCGGGAAACGCAUCCCCUUAGCAUUAUAUCGCUACGUCUACCUACACACACACAUACAUAACUGUAAGAACAUGUAGUAUGUAGUAUGUAUUGUACAGGUAAGCAGGUAUGUACGUCACCUAGCAGGCAGCACAGCACAGUACAACACAGCGCAGUGGCACCCCGCGAGACCGUAUGUACCAGACUGCAGUCUGCGCGGGGGCGCUG